AUGAUAAACAAGAGCAAGUUUGAUAAAAAAGUCGACAAGGCAGCCCCGGCCUCAGCAGGAUCGAAGAAAAUGACCGAAGAGAAAGCCCCGGCAGCUCCUCCCCAUCCAGGUAGUGGACCGAACAUUAAUCCGUCUAACUCCAGAAUGAUGGCCACCAUUGCCUGUGGAAUCAACCAAAAGCAGGUUCGGUGGUCACUACAGGUCAUCGUUCCCGAUCAUUACUCUUCUGUCUUGAGAGAGCAUUUCUUGAAUCAACACAGGGCUAAACAGAACAUGUUCUUUUUAUUUCAAGGUUACAGAACCGAGGUUAUCCAACUGUUGGUUCAAUGGCUACUUGUCCCCCAAUUAAGGACUCCUCCUAAAAUUCAAAAGGACGAAUUCGCAGGCAUUAUCAAAAAUUAUUGCGACCUCUGGAUUGUCGCUGAUCAACUUAAGAUUGCCGCAUUAAAGAAUCAAAGCAUUUACCUUAUCCACCAACUCGAGACUCAAUACAAGGUCUAUAACACAGCACAGCUGAACUUGGUCUGGAAAAACACUAGCAAAGGAAGCGCUCUUCGCCAAUACUUUCUUGAUAAAUUUACCAGCGUAAAAGGCAAAAAGCUCCAGAAGGACCCGGAAGACUUUCCCAAGGAAAUGCUGAUCGAGAUGCUGGCCGUGGCUGAGGAACAAAAAGACGCAGUCAAGGAUCCUGGUGAGCAAAUGGCAAAGUACUAUGCAUGA